ACAGAUCAACCAGACUGCGGGGAAGUGCCUGAGGAGAAGGAAGAGUGGUAUGGCGGAGAGCGACCAACGUAGACGUGACCUGCCUUAUUCGGUUCUACCAUCUGCAGAGUGUUGUUCCUCGUAUACUUAGGUUAUCGUGACUAGCUGCCAUGUAACGACCACUGAUGUGCUGGACGGUCAGGCCAUCUACGUUUGGUUUAUAUAUCCUCGCCGAGCCUGCUCGAGACACCGCUGUUCGCAGCUUCGUCUCCUCCCGAGUACCACUAGGCACGAUGUACCUGCGCCGGCCACUGCUGGCGCUCUGCAUCGGUAUCGACUCGCUUGCCACUGCCUACGUCUCUCCGCUCCUCUCGAAGUCUGGCGAUGCCGCUGCCAUUCCGGGGUGGGAUCUUGAAUCCUCUGAAAAGGUCGGCACCGACUUGAAAGCUUUGUCCCGCCCCGGCGUGGAUACCACGGCCUGGCACCACAUCGGUGGCUCCCGCUGCACUCUUAUGGGGUGUCUUGUACAGGCUGGCGUCUACGACGAUAGCGAACUUUUCUUCUCUAAUACGCUAGAGACGUUCAAUGCUAGCCAGUUCUCGGACCCUUGGAUCUACAGGAAUGAAUUUCCUCUCGACCCUCAACCCGGUCAGCACUACCAUCUACGAACUCACGGCAUCAGCUCCAAGGCCGAUAUUUACGUGAAUGGCCAGGAAAUAGCCACCAGCGCGAUCCAAGCAGGCUCUUACGUCGGCCACACUUUUGACAUCACAGGGAUAGCGGAGGAGCAAAACGCGUUGGUGGUUCAGGUCUACCCCACGAACUACAACUACGACUUCGCAUUAGGCUUUGUAGACUGGAAUCCGUAUCCGCCGGACAAUGGCACGGGCAUCUGGCGGAAUGUGGAAGUUAGGCAGACGGGCCAGGUUGCCUUGGGUCCGCUAAGAGUGGCCACCCAGGUUGAGCUGCCGGUUAGGAACUCGACCGCCAUUGUGUCGUUGAAGGCGACGGCUACGAACCUGGAGGAUCGCGAAGCUGUUGUCAACCUGGUUGGCAGCGUCACUCUCGAAGGGGGCGAGCAGAGUGUCGGAUGGAGCGAAACCGUGACGAUACCUUCGCUGGAAACGGCCGAAUUGACCCUGUCGACUGCGUUGAAUAACCCUGCCAUCUGGUGGCCGAAGGCAUGGGGUGACCAGCCGCUGUACACUGGCCGACUGUCUGUGUCGAUCAACGACUCGGUUUCCGAUAGCGUAGAACAGAGUUUCGGUGUUCGCCAAGUGACGUCGGAGCUCAACGCCUACAACGACACCAUCUUUUACGUAAAUGGCUACGCGUUCCAGGUCAUCGGCGCGGGCUACUCAGCUGACAUGUUCUUACGCUGGGACAGCGCUAAAUUUACUGAACAGGUUCAGUUGUCGCUCGCCUUGGGCUUGAAUACGAUCCGGCUAGAAGGCAAAAAUGAGCAGCCGGAGCUAUACGACAUCGCGGACCGCUUGGGCGUCAUGAUACUGCCGGGCUGGGAGUGCUGCGAUAAAUGGGAGGCCUGGACUUACAACGAAGACCUGGCCGUUAAGUCGGAGUGGACUGAAGCCGACUACAUCAUCGCCAAUCAGAGCAUGUAUCACGAAGCUCUCCUCCAGCAAGCUCACCCUAGCGUGUUGGGCUAUCUAGUCGGAAGCGACUACUGGCCUGACGACAAGGCCGCAGAAAUGUACUACUACUCGCUUAAGAGGGCGGACUGGCAGACACCCAUCAUCGCCUCAGCGUCUGCGAGGGGCUAUCCAGAGAUUCUCGGGUCCGCGGGGAUGAAGAUGGCCGGUCCGUACGACUGGGUCCCGCCCUCGUAUUGGUACGAUGUUGAGCCGUCCGAAGACCGCCUGGGCGCGGCUUUUGGCUUCGGUUCCGAGCUUGGUGCGGGCGUUGGCACGCCUGAACUUAGCAGCUUGAAGAAGUUCUUGUCGGAGUCGGACCUCGAAGACUUGUGGAAGCGACCUGAUAAGGGUCUCUAUCACAUGUCGACGAGCGUGUCGUCAUUUUACACUCGCAAGAUAUACAACGCGGCGUUAUGGGGACGCCACGGGGCCCCUACUUCUCUGGACGACUACCUCCUCAAAGCCCAGAUAAUGGACUACGAGGCGACACGGGCUCAAUUCGAAGGGUUCUCCGCUCUCUGGAACGCCGAAAGGCCAGCCACCGGGCUGAUAUACUGGAUGCUGAAUAACGCUUGGCCGAGCCUGCACUGGAACCUCCUGACCAUGGCCGGAUCCUACUUUGGCGCCAAGGUCGGCGCGAGGAACGAGCACGUGGCCUACGACUACGUUAGAAAAGCUGUGCAUUUGAUCAACCACUCGCUGGACCAAGAGGGAUCGAGAACGGUGGCGGUCGAAGUGAUCGGCAAGAACGGCGAGGUAAUCUAUACGGGCCAGGAUGUUGUUGAGACCGAGCCAAAUAUUAGCAAGGAGAUCUUGGACCUGUCGGACGCCCUGGGGUCAGUGACCGACGUCGUAUUCCUGCGGCUCGUCCUGUCCGACGAGAAGAACGCUACGCUCAGCCGAAACGUUUACUGGCUGGCGGAGACUAUUGACACCUUGGAUUGGGACAACUCGGACUGGUUCUACACACCAGUGACCCAGUAUGCAAACUUCACAGCACUUAACACUCUCAAGACUGCGGAAGUCUCCAUCACGGUUGCGGUACCAGCGGGGGGAGGCGGCGCAGAACUGAAAAAAGCUGUUAUUCUUGAGAACCGUUCCCCUGUUCCUGCUUUCUUCGUCAGAGUCAACCUCGUCGACGAGAGAGGCGAGGACGUUGUACCCGCGUUCUGGUCCGACAAUUACGUCACUCUCUGGCCAAAAGAAAAACUCCAGCUGGAAGUAGAAGGAGAUGGUGCUGCCAUACAAGUCAGCGGCGUGAAUGUCAAGAGGGUCCAGACAUUUUUCUGAUAAUCGUUACGGGGAAUCGUGGGGAAAUGGUCGUCGUACCAUACUCUUGUUUACCUGCUGCCCAGACCUUAAUCCUGACGAAAUCGCCUCAGCAACUGGCUAGAUAUUCAGCUCCCCCAAAGUUAUAUGUCCUUCUCUUCUAUGAACCAACCCCAACCAUGCGCCGACAUAGCCUCAUAAGCCUUGAAAACGUACUCCUAGGUAGGAAUAACCCUGACGGAUGGGUCUGGGGUGAGAAGUUGUGUCCGUCU